GAAGCGUACGGGAGACCUGACCUGAGACUCAACCCGACCGGAGACAGGCGCGGAGCCAGGAUGUGCGGAAUCUUCGCUUACAUGAACUACAGAGUCCCCCGCACGAGGAAGGAGAUUUUUGAAACCCUCAUCAAGGGGCUGCAGCGUCUUGAGUACAGAGGCUAUGAUUCAGCAGGAGUGGCUAUUGAUGGGAACAAUCAUGAAGUCAAAGAAAGACACAUCCAGCUUGUCAAGAAAAAAGGCAAAGUGAAGGCUUUGGAUGAAGAACUUUACAAACAAGACAGUAUGGACCUAAAGGUGGAGUUUGAGACACACUUUGGCAUUGCCCACACACGCUGGGCCACCCAUGGCGUCCCCAGUGCUGUCAACAGCCACCCACAGCGCUCAGACAAGGGCAACGAAUUUGUUGUCAUCCAUAAUGGGAUCAUCACAAAUUACAAAGAUCUGAGGAAAUUUCUGGAAAGCAAAGGCUACGAGUUUGAGUCAGAAACAGACACAGAGGCCAUUGCCAAGCUGAUUAAAUACGUGUUUGACAAUAGGGAAACUGAGGAUAUUACAUUUUCAACUCUGGUUGAGAGAGUCAUUCAGCAACUGGAAGGUGCAUUUGCGUUAGUUUUCAAGAGCAUCCACUACCCAGGAGAAGCUGUAGCCACGAGGCGAGGCAGCCCACUGCUCAUCGGAGUGCGGAGCAAAUACAAACUCUCCACAGAGCAGAUCCCCAUCUUGUACAGAACGUGCAAUAUUGAGAAUGUGAAGAAUAUCUGUAAAACGAGGAUGAAGAGGCUGGACAGCUCCACCUGCCUGCAUGCAGUGGGCGACAAAGCCGUGGAAUUCUUCUUUGCUUCAGAUGCAAGUGCCAUCAUAGAACACACCAACAGGGUCAUCUUCUUGGAGGAUGAUGACAUCGCUGCAGUGGCUGAUGGGAAACUCUCCAUUCACCGAGUCAAACGCUCAGCUAGUGAUGACCCGUCUCGAGCCAUCCAGACCUUGCAAAUGGAAUUGCAGCAAAUCAUGAAAGGUAACUUCAGUGCAUUUAUGCAGAAGGAGAUCUUUGAACAGCCAGAAUCCAUCUUCAAUACCAUGAGAGGACGGGUGAACUUUGAGACUAACACAGUGCUUCUGGGCGGCUUAAAGGAUCACUUGAAGGAGAUUCGCCGGUGCCGAAGGCUCAUAGUGAUCGGCUGUGGAACCAGCUACCACGCUGCUGUGGCGACUCGACAAGUGCUGGAGGAGUUGACCGAGCUCCCUGUGAUGGUGGAGCUUGCCAGUGACUUUCUGGACAGGAACACGCCCGUGUUCAGGGAUGAUGUUUGCUUUUUCAUCAGCCAGUCUGGCGAGACCGCGGACACACUCCUCGCGCUGCGCUACUGCAAGGACCGCCGCGCGCUCACCGUGGGCAUCACCAACACCGUGGGCAGCUCCAUCUCGCGCGAGACCGACUGCGGAGUCCACAUCAACGCGGGCCCGGAGAUCGGCGUGGCCAGCACCAAGGCCUACACUAGCCAGUUCGUCUCACUCGUGCUGUUUGGCCUGAUGAUGUCCGAGGACCGAAUUUCGCUCCAAAACCGGAGACAAGAGAUCAUCCGCGGCCUGAGAUCAUUACCCGAGCUUAUCAAGGAAGUGCUGUCCCUGGAAGAGAAGAUCCACGACCUGGCCCUGGAGCUCUACACACAGAGGUCCCUCCUGGUGAUGGGCAGGGGGUAUAACUAUGCUACGUGUCUAGAAGGAGCCUUGAAAAUUAAAGAGAUAACUUACAUGCACUCGGAAGGCAUCCUGGCUGGGGAGCUGAAGCAUGGGCCCCUGGCGCUGGUUGACAAGCAGAUGCCCGUCAUCAUGGUCAUCAUGAAGGACCCUUGUUUUGCCAAAUGCCAGAAUGCUCUGCAGCAGGUCACAGCCCGCCAGGGUCGCCCAAUUAUACUGUGCUGCAAGGACGACACUGAAAGUUCCAAGUUUGCAUACAAAACCAUCGAGCUGCCGCACACUGUGGACUGCCUCCAGGGCAUCCUGAGCGUGAUCCCCCUGCAGCUUCUCUCCUUCCACCUGGCUGUGCUCCGAGGAUAUGAUGUUGACUUCCCUAGAAAUCUGGCCAAGUCUGUCACAGUGGAGUGAAGAGAAUCACCACCUUGUGUGCUCUGAGACCUGUCGCACAGUGGACACCGCAAGAGAAAGUGGACAUUACCCAGUGCCACAUGUUCCCAGUACAGCUUGACCGCUUCGAAGUGCCUUGUACCCAAGUGCUUUUGCCUACAGCAGAUCCUGAUUCUCUGUGCCCUAAAGUUGCCUGAGAAGGAGAUGGUUGUUUACACACGGGCAUCAGAGCAGACUUCCACUGCUGUGCAACAUAUGGCUCUCUCAGAGUAACUGUGAACCUUUUGAAACACUAGUUU